AUGGCGAUCAAUGACAGCGUAUCACCUCAAGUCUCAGCCAAGCCUGAGCAACCCAAAUCUGAUUCUCAAGCCUCAGCCAAGCCUGAGCAACCCAAGUAUGAUGAUCCUAAUAAUCCUCUCUACCUUCAUCACUCUGAUCAACCAGGGGUUGUCCUUGUCACACAACUCUUGAAUGACGAAAAUUAUCCAACCUGGAGUCGCUCCAUGCUCAUGGCGCUCAACACCAAGAACAAAGAAGGUUUCGUCGAUGGCACCCUCAAGAAGCCUCUGCAUGAUUCUUCCACAACUCUCCAACAGUGGACACGUUGUAACAAUCUCGUCAAGAGCUGGCUCCUCAAUUCCAUCUCCCCAGAUAUUGGUGCGAGCAUUGUUAAUAAUGAUGUCGCGUCCGACAUAUGGAAUGAUCUGAAGGAACAAUUCACUCACGCUACUAGUGUCCAUCUCUUUCAUAUGGAGCAAGAAAUUCAUGAUUGCGUUCAAGGAACCAUGACCAUCGAUGCCUAUUACACCAAGUUGAAGGGCUUAUGGGAUGCGAGAGAUGCACUUUGCUCUCUUCCAUCUUGCAACUGCGGAGCAGCCAAAGAGAUGUUCCAAUUCCACCAGCACCAAAAGACCAUGAAAUUUCUUAUGGGAUUGAAUGACGUAUACACUGGAGUUCGAGGACAAAUCCUACUAAUGGACCCAUUUCCUGCAGUCAACAAAGCCUUUUCCCUUAUUACCCAGGAUGAGAAGCAAAUGGCAGUUUCUACUCAUGCCCUCGGGAAAACACCAGCCACUGACGCCGCCACCUUCGCCGUUCACGGUCCUUGA